GUAUCUCUUCUUCCGAAUUUUUCCCUCGGCCCAAAGUAGCCGCCUCUGUUUUUCCUCCACUAACGACAGUUACAGUUUUCCGAUAUGGAGCACAUCCCAAAAACGAUGUUCAAUUCACACGUGCCACGAAUCAACACGACACCUCCCGAAUCAUCCCUCGGGUGCUAAGGGAGCCUUCCUUUUAGCGUAUCCUGUUCGUAGGGUGUGGAGUGGAAAUCAAUCUGACACAAUUUGUCCCUUUAGUUAGGGCAUCUGACGAUACCUUUCAGUGUUGGGAUUGCCAUAAAUGGAACAACCAUCAGCUAUGGAGCCUCCAAUUGAUAUCCCGAAAAAUCCACUUUUGUGUCCACUGUGUCACGAUUACUUCAGCGAACCCUGUAUUCUUAGUUGUUAUCAUACGUUUUGUGCCAAUUGUCUUCUUGGAAAAGAGCAGGACAGACGGCUUAUUUGCCCGUUUUGCAGAAAACAAACCCUCCUUAAAGACGGAUCCAUUCUGCCACCACCGGAUACUUUGAUGAGACAACUAAUCGAUAUAGCCAACAGUGAAAACCCACCCUGUUCAAACUGCGACAAAAGAGAUCGGAUGAAUAUGUACUACUGCAAUACUUGUGGGCAAGCUUUAUGUUCACAAUGUAGAGAUAAUACUCACAGAGCGAAGAUGUUUUCAAGCCACGAUAUCCUUCAUAUGACUCAGUGUACCAAGGAGCCUAAACGAUGUGCAACCCAUGGUGAACAUUUCAUAAUGUAUUCGCCAAUCCAGAAAACGAUGCUCUGUGUGAACUGCUUUCGAGAUCUGCCAAAUGAACUUCGCACUCAGUGCAUAGAUAUAGAUAGUGCUCAUCUUCAAGCAACAAAGAAGUUAGAGCGAAGUCAAACAGCCAUUAUGGAUUUACAGACAUCGGUAAGAGAUGGAAUCAUCGCUCUCAAAAAUUUGAUGGAUGAGCUGAGGAAAAAUAUGGAUUCAGAGAAGCAUGCUGUGAAUACUUUCUGCCAAGGAAUGCAGGAAGCAAUGGCCAAAACUCAUUCUACCAUGAUUAUGGAGGCACAAAGACAAUACGAAAGCAAGGAUAGGAUAUAUCGCAGCCAUUUGGUCGCCUUAGGUACCGUUAUGCCAGUUCUACAGCUCCAUCUUGUAUUAUGCACCACCUUCACUGCUGCUGCCAAUAAAUAUCAAUUUCUGGAUCUCUAUCCGAAUUUCAUUGAACGUUUGGCAGCUGUUGGAAAAUUGAGUUUGCCACCUAGGUCAUUAGAAUCGUCGGCUGUGAAGACUAACUAUAGAAGUGAAUUUGCCCAAUCUCUAGACCCCUGGAUUGGGCCAGAAGCUGUGAGACAGCAUCAGGCAGAGCUUUCGGCAGCUUCUGCGAUAUAUGAAGGACCGCCUCCAGUAACGAGGAAGCAGAAAACUAACCUGAAAAAUAAAUUAUUGGAGGGAGAAAGUUCAUUUUCUGCACAUUGUAGAUCAUUCGAGUCGCAGAUUCGUGAAUUGAACCAACAAUUCAAUACAGUCAAGGAAAAAGUUAGUGACCUCCACAAAGAUAUAACAGUUUUGAGGAAGGCGCAGAAUCCACCACUAACAGCAAAAUACGAGAUGCUUACUAGAGAAUGUCUUCACCUUGACCAUAAUCUGGAUAGACAACAGAAGGAAUUGGAAAGAAUGGCUGGGAUAUUCGAUGCCUCAUGGGAAGAACAACUAUGGAGACUGAGAGUAGAACAAGAGGUUUUUAGUUGUCAAAGGGCUGAUGUUACGAUGCUUCGAAAUGAAUUGAAACACUUGACACAUGUCGCUAUACAACUGGAACCUUUUAUAAGAAGUCUGAGUCUUCCGCAGAAUAUGAAACCCCAACAAGAAAUACCUCAAAGUGAACAGAAUAAGAAUUUGGAGUCACUACUUGAACAUAUUGGUUUGUUGCAGUCCUCAGAAGCAUCAUUCGGCAAAAUUCCAAGAUCGCGCAGUCGCGUUCUCAGUCAACUAAUAGACAAAGUACGUCCCAACUGCCAAGAAAGAGAGCGCAGUAAAUCUGUAACACCGAUGGAUAAGCCGAAACUGAAAAAGAAUCUCAACACAGAUAGUCAUCCACUCAAUGUUCAAGGAUUAGAAGCUCAAAUAAAAGAGAAGAUACAGGAAAUCUGCAGACGACCAUCAUCCCAAAGAUCCAAGUCGGACACUGAAACAGAAAAAAGUUUAUCGAAAUCAGAACUGAGCAAGAGUGAUAUACUGAAUGAAUUUGGUAAUUCAAAUAAGCAGAAGAUAACUUAUAAGAAAAUCGGGAAAAGUUGCGAAAAAAUAAACCCUUGCUCCAAAUCUGAAGGUGAACCCAAAAAAUGCAUUGGUGAAUCUGAUUACCAGAGGAUAUCAGAAGCUACAAGCCAAAAUACAAAGGUUAUGGUUCAUGGCGAAUCGAAAUCCAGUCCUGCUACACCUAAAUGUAAGACUAAGGCUAAAAUUCAACAAAAAUCUAGGAAAAAAGUUCAUCCUUUCAGCGACGGAGAAGAUAAUAUCUUCUACUCCCUCAACGAUUCUGCAGAUUCCCUGAGCACUUCGAGUCGUCGCUCUAGUUACGAUGGCGGACCAGACAAGACGUUGGUCGUUGUGAUAAAUCGUCGAAAUAAAAAUAUGUCGCUGGCGCAGAAACAGAGAUCAUGGGAGACUUUUCCUCCAAAGAGAAGGCACCAUGCGUGCCCAAAACUAUCAGCGUCGAAUCCAAUGCCCUUAAGAAAGGCAGAUAGUUUCGAGGGUCACGAAGAAGCUGUUAAGAGUAUUGUAGCAGCCGUUCAAGAAACUAGGCGCAAACCAAAAUGUUCAGGCGGAAAUUAAUCAAUUGUUCUUCAUUCUGUUAUAUUACCAUUGAAAUAUAAUCACCAGGCGUUUUCAACGAAUUUAGUCGAAGAAAUUAUAUUAAUUGUGACGUUGCUCUAUGAUGAAUUACGAGUUGAAAUAAAUUUGUUGGAUGAAAA